AUGAUAGCACAGUCGCAAUCGGGUACGGGAAAAACUGCGACUUUUCUUCUCGCAAUGCUCUCUCGAUUGAAUCCCGAACGACAGUAUGCUCAGUGUUUGUGUAUGGCUCCUACCCCCACUGUUGACGCAGACGGUUACGUAUUGAACCAGGUGGUGAUUGGCACACCGGGGACCGUGGCACAAUGGGUGCGCUGCAGUGGACCUGUGCGCCUAGAUGCCUCGCGCUUAAUUACCUUUGUGCUUGAUGAGGCCGAUCUCAUGAUGGAAGAGGAAGGUUUUCUCAAUAUAACUAUGCGCAUUAAAAGGUAUGUUCGCCAUACUUUUACUAGUUCAUUUGUUUCGUUGUCUUCAAUCACAAUCGACUUCAGAAAUUCCACCUAUCAACGCAACUCUUUUCACAGCCUUUUUGAUUAUACUUCAGUCAGUAUUGUUGUUUUGUUCGACAAGGUUCAUGCAUGUUCAAUUUCUUGCUAUACCUUCGUGUUCCGUUACUUCCAGUACAUUCGAUUGAUAUUAUCUGCCGCGCUAGCCUCAUCGAUACGGUCCGAUCAUCUCUCCAAGAUAAGGAAAGCGUUAUCAUAUAAGNGAUCAUAA